UCGAAUUUUAACUACUUGGAUGAAUAUUAUUCCGAAACUGUAUAAUAGUUGAACGAAACAUCGUAUGCAUUCAGUCAUCUUGUUUAAUAAUGUAAAAUACAUUGACGGAAAGCUUUUUCUUCCCGUCAACGCGUAAUUUCGUACAAUUCCAAAAGAUGGGGACUACCUAGAUCGAAGCUGCUUGUUUCGAAGAUAAUAUGGCGGCGUGCACGUGGUGUCUGCGUCUCUGCGACCCACUUAAUUGUCAAACGUGUAACGAACGUUGUUUCGCGACAACCGGGUCAUUCGUAAUAUCGUCGAAGGUGAAACAGAGAUUUUUAUUCGUGAAAAAUGUAUGGUAAUGGAAGGGUGUUGUUCAACGAAAAAGAGCCAUAAAGGGUGGCGACGAAUAGCGAAGAAAGAACGUCGCAGGCGUCUGCGUCGCAAAGCAGCCGUAGAGCGGCAAGCGGAUGAAGAACGAUUGAGGGCAGCACUCGAGCAAAGCGCGGAUUAUUUAAACUGGCUCGAAAAUUGCGAACUUGAAGAAAGGGAAAAAGAGGCACGAGAAAAGGAAGAACACGAUCAGCGAGAACGGGAAUGGUUAGAAGAGGAGGUGAGAGCCCAAAAGGAAUGGCAAAUUCUGCAGGAACGGAAGCGAAAAGCUCGUCUGGUGCAGCUGGAACAGGAGGCGAAAAUUCGGCAAGAAUUCGAGGCGAAACAGGAAGCGAUACGAAAGAAGCAGGAAGAAGAGAAACGUAAAAGAGAGGAGGAUAUUAGAAAGCGAGAGCAGCUUUUGAAGGAGAUCGAUGACUACAUCGAUGACGGGAUCAAGACCCCAGAAGCGUUGCGCGAGGUGAUCGAGAGUCAGCCUGGAAAAGAGCUUUGCCCUUUUUUCAGCAAAACAGGCGCUUGCCGCUACGGCGACACCUGCUCCAGAAAUCAUCGAAGAGUAUGUCUGAGCAAAGUGAUAUUAGUACCUGGCUUUUACACGCAUUUUUCCCUGGAAAAAAAUUCUGCCGAGUACGACACCGAUGUCGCGCUAGAAUUUGAAACUUCCGAAACGAGACAACAUUUUCGUGAAUUUUACAAGGAUGUUGUCCCAGAACUGGAAUCCUUUGGAAGAAUAAAAACCCUGAAAUACUGUUGCAACACUGAGGUUCACCUGCGAGGGAACUUGUACGUCGAAUAUUAUACCGAAAGAGAAGCAGCCAGAGCGUUGAGAAGAUUGAAAGGACGUUGGUACGCCGGUCGGCAGCUCAAUUGCGAAUUUGUCAAUUUGAAAUCUUGGAGAAGCGCCGUAUGCGGGAUGUCAAAAUGUCCGAAGGGAAGGGCAUGCAAUUUUCUGCAUACUUUUAAAAAUCCGCACGACGAGUACGACAUCAAAAGCCCUCCAAGAUGGGCGAAACAGCAGUCGGUCUCCUCUUCUCACGAGGUUGCCAGCACCAGAAGAAGCGAUCACAAAAGUAAAUCUAAAUGGGAGGAUGGCAGCGACGUCGAGCAGAGUAAGAAUUGGAGAUGGUCCGAAUCACCAGAAGUCGAAGUUGAACAUCGUUCGAGAAGCGCCGACAAACGUCAUCGUUAUUCGGACGACAGAAAAUCCAGCCGCGACAAACGACACGAGCCAUCCGACAGAGAAACGUCGAUUAAGCAUCGUCGAUCGAGCUCUGGAAAAGACGAUAAAGUUUCGAAUGGCCGUGAAUCUUGCAGAAGACGUUCGACAAAGCACCAGAGAAAGGGGGAAGAGGAGCAUAGUCACGACGUACCAAAGUCACCAAAAUAUUCUAGCAAAAGACACUCGAAAAGCAGCGACAAGAGUUAUCGCUCGAAAAUUCCUCGAUCUUCGAGCAACUAUUCUAGGAGAGAUAAAGAGGAUCGCGAUAAUGUUAAACAGAAUUCGAAAAAUCACGAUAAAUCUCGUGAAGACUCCCCGAGAAGGAAAUCUAACGAGCUAUCCGAAAAACCCAACACCGUGGACACUGAGAACGCAAAGUAUGCGACACGCGUGAAAUCUAAAUGGGACAAAGAAAAUUUCGAACAAAUUGAUUCGGAAAGCAUGGAAUCUAUGGACUCGGAUUCAUCCGGAUCUAUCGACGAUACGAAGAGUAAAGUCUGUUCGAAAAAGUCUGACGAUGAGUGGGCAACGACGGAUUCUGAGGAUGAAGUUAAAGACAAGUAGCAAGCAAACAACAUUGUCUCGUGUAAUUAUUGUAAUUAAGAUUGUAAUUAGUUUUUCUCUUUUUUCAAAGCUCACUUACCAAUAAAAUGUUUUAU